UAUCUAUCUACAUAAUAUAAGUCAAUCUUACACCAGCAUCAUCUCUAAGACUACCUGUUGAGGAUAUUAUACUCGUUCGUCGUAAACCUUUUCUCCUUUUUUUCUGUGGAUUUUCCCAGCUCUAUUAUGAUCUCCUGGAAACGCUAUCUCAUCAUAAUCACCGUGACAGUUUAUCUUCAAGUUCAUUCUGUAUCAUCUGUCAGUGAUCGUCUAGUCCCCCCUCCACUGCCUCCAUCAGCAGCUUCAAAUGUCGCAGUACCAAAACAGCAUCUACAACCAGCCUUAGCUAAACUGCCAUCACCUCGUGGUGGACCUCCACGGCCUCCACCUGGGUAUCUUCAAAAUCGUUAUCAAAAUGAUCAACAGCCAACCAAUAAUGAACCACCUGGAUUUAUGCAACGCAUAGCUCGAUGGUUUGGUUUUAAUGGCGGCACUGCUAACGAACAACAAAAUCAAGCAUCACAACAAUAUGCCCAAUAUAAGGAAUCACCACGGGGUGGUCAACAAAAUGGCAAAAAUGCCAACUGUGGUUUGUGCAGUAAAUAUCCUUGGGUACCUAUGUUUCCAGGGCAAAUUCAAUAUCCCCUCUCGAAGCACUAUCAAUUGCCACAAGCCAAUCAGAUCCAUCAAGUUCAAUGGACUCAGCAACAGGAGUUGUUGCAUCAACAACAAGUACAUCGACAACAACAACAACAGUAUCAGAAUCAACAACAGCAGAACCAACAAAAACAACAAUUUCAUAAUCAACAACAACAGCAAUUAAACCGUCAACAACAAGAACAACAACAACUCGCCGGAUACAACUAUCCCCAACAUCAAAAGCAACUCCCUGCCUAUCCUCCCCUUAACCCCGCGGAAAACCAAUACGCACCAACACAUUUGCAGCCACCUCUAGUCCAACGAGCUAUUCAAUUCAGUUCGCCACCUUCACAAGACUUUCGUCCCCCACCACCAUCGCCAAAUUUAGUUCAAAGGGGAAAUCCACCUCCUGCGUACAAUCCACAACCAAAUUUCGCACCAAUACCUCUUCCGAAUUUAAGUCCAUCCGCCUUGCCACCAGUCUACGAUGCACAACCAUUCCGACCAAUCGAUCAGGUGAAAUUGGACCCAACACAAUUCCAACAGUUGCCAAAAUACCAGCCUUCCGUGGAAUUCCAAAAUCAACCACCAAUCAAUCAGUUCGAAGAUCAACAACCUCCUCGAUACGAUCAGCCACCGCAGUUCCAACAGGUCCAGAACAAUGAACAUUCACCGAUUGCUGAGCACGUAGCUGCUCCAUCAGAGAUUCAAACCUCUUAUCCUACUCAAAUUCCACCAAGCAGUUUUGACAACCAGAAUCAAAUUCAUCAAACUCAAACCACUCCCAGUUUUGAGAUUAUCAAAAGUCACCAAGUGACGAAUUUCGUAUCUGAAAUUGAGUAUCCUGCGAACUUUGUUGAGUCACAAUCUAUUGAUGUUGCUCAGCAACCUCAAACAACUACCCUGACACCGUUGGAAGAUCAACGACCGCCUAUCAGACUCACUGAGCUUGGCUCAUAUUCCCAGCAAUAUACUUUGCCACAAGAAGAAUCGCAAAGUUUAGCGCAUGAGGAACCAUAUUUGGAAUCAGAUUCCAUCUACUAUCACAACCAUCAAGAGAUUGACACCAACAACAACUAUGCUCCCGACAACUACCCAUCAGCUUCAUCUCACAACUUGUCAGUUCAAAAUGACAAUCUCUUAGAUAUCGAUCCCAUCCAACAGUCAUCAUCGGAAAAUUAUCUACCCCAGAAUGAAAUUUUCCUCCCAACACCCGAACCAACAACUACACAGCCACAGCAAUUUGUGACAGACAUUCAGCAGACAACAACAACUGUUGAAAUCGUUCCAUCCCUACAGACAACUUUCUCGCAACGUUUGAACUAUAAGAGAGAUCGGGAAACCCCCAAACGGCUGCUCGAUUCCCCUAUUCACUAUUUGCAACAUGGCGGAAGCUCGCCACGACCAUUCACCAGAGACCCAGCUAGUUUGAACAUUCGAGAGCCAUCCAACGAACAGCCAAUAUACCAAAAUCACCGGGAGGAACCGUCUCCGAGUCCAACUCCAACACCAUUUCAUAUGGCUCCAACUCCAACCUCAACCUACACCUCAAUUGAUGCCAGUGGUCAUUUUGCAGGAAUAAACCCUCCAGCUCCACAGGGUUCGACCAAGAAGUACCAUCAAAUUAUAAUUCCCUACACAACCAAACACAAACCACGACCCUUUACACCUAAAGAACAAGCGGGACGUUAUGAUAAUUGGUCAACGUCCAGUGAGUUCGAUCCACACGAGCAACAAGAGUCAAAAGUUGUUACAGCCACACAUCCACCAGGUCAGAGGACCACCAAGUAUUUAACCAAAAUUCUAGCCUCAAACCUACGCGAACUUCUAAAGAAGGAACACGAAAUCAAGAAUAGGUCGAAGAACGGGUUUGAUUUGUCAAAACUUCAGAACACCAUCGAUGACUGGACUGAACAGGAGUUCACGUCUUUAUCGCAUAGGGCGAGUACUGUAUCGCUUAGAGGUCACUCGAAACACAUUCCCACAGAAUACCUCACUACAACGCCAUCUUUGCGCGAGGCAAAGACCACAAUUUUUAGCCCAAAUCAUCAUGAACCGCUUUUGUAUAAAGAUCGAGGGACUAGACGCUAUGAGUUUAAUCCGUUCGAAGAUAACCGAAUAGAAGAACUUGAAUCAACUUCUAUGACACCGGUGCCGAGUACGAGCACAAUAACAACUACAACAACGCCAUCUACACCAGUUUCCACAACAACUACGACAACAACGAGUUCAACGACUACGACAACAGAAGCUCCUUCACCGAAUCCUUAUUACAUUCGAGCUAUUUCAACGACCCCCUCAACCACGGAAAACUGGAACCACGCUAAGGUGACAGUGUCUCCAUUUACCAAGGAGAAAAUCUAUGUGGUCACACCUCAACCAGGAAGUGUGGGAUCUUUCAAGUCCCCCCGAUUCAUUGUGAGGCCAACGCCAGCUAGUGCUGGCUCAAAUGUUUCACCAAAACCAACUCUCUACACUCCAGAACUAUUUGGUCUGAUGGGAAUAUCAGCUUAUAUACCAGCAGCUCCUGUCGAGACAUUCGAUGGACAUUCAAAAGUUAUAACGGUAGUAACGCCAUCGAAUAUUUCGAAAGGUUCGAAUGCAAAUGAAGUGGGAUCUUCCAAAGAUGACGACGCCAAUGAUAAAUUAGGAUCCAAAAGUGCUAACAGUGAUCACAGGAGCAGUAACAGUAGCAGUUAAAAGAAAAAAAAUGAUAUUAUAUUCAUUUUGUUCUUUUGAUAAAUAUUUGUUGUUAUUGUUGUUGAUCAGUUUUAUAAGUGGUGCAAAUUGUUUUUUGGGGUCUUUAAUUAUUAUUGUUGUAAAAAUUAUUCGUAAUAUCCUUUCCGGCAUUUAUAUAGGUAGAGCUUUGCAUUGCGUAUAAUUAAUUUGCCUUCCUUUUGUGUGUUUGGUGGAUCCUGCUUCAUAUACAUGAUUAAAAAGUAAGAUAUAAAGCUUUGAUUAAUUCCUAAGGUGCCAGUGUGUUGGGAAUGGUGUGAAUGUAGUGAAUGAAUGUCAAUGUAUUAAGUGUGAGAAAGC